ACCGUUUUUUAGACUUGGUGUAGGCUUAUCUUCUGUAAAUGCUAUACAUAUAAAUGGCCAAAUGGACUGCUGGCCUGCCAUGACUGAGAUCUGAUUUUACAGUUUAUAUGCGAAUAAUACCCCAAUUGUGAAUACUGUAAAGAAUGAGCGUUUUCAUCUGGAUCACUGCUAAAUAAUCUGGGAUUUAUCGCGACAGUAUUUUUAACGGGACCACAUUAGGUUGAAGAUGUCCAAAAUUGAGCGCCUGAACGCCCGAGUGGAAAAGCUGCUGUCUAAAGCGGUGCUGGAGGUUCUGGAGGCGGUGAAGGAGACUGUAUUGGAGUACCAGGAGAAAACUACCAGGACACAGAGAGAGAACCAGAGUCUGAAGAGAAGGCUGCAGGAGCUCCAGGAGAAGUUACAAUUGGGAAGCAACGGAAUUGUGCCACACAUUUCCUCUGCAGCCCGGCUGGCUGAUGCAGAGCUGAAUCUCAUGGAUCAGAAACAGAAAGAGCUGGAAGAUGAGGUUGAACUCACCCCCUCUGAUAAGGACAUUACAGUUAUUUGCCCCUCGUACUCAUUUGAAGACCUUGAUUAUGAAGCAUCCAUCACAUCAUUUGCCACCACCUGUCUCUCCCCUAGAGCUACGACGGGACCACAUUUGGGUGGUGAUAACAUGAACCAUUCGAGAAAUCUUAAAACUGAGACUGAUAAUCGACUGUUGGCCCCAAUAUCAAACCCUAUCAGUGACCCUGUCACUGCAGUUACAAUCUCUGAAAAUGACCAUGAAAUGAAACUAGAGCCUACAUCAGAUGAAGACGCAAUGCACGCUACAAAUUAUUUUUAUGACGAUGCUGGUACGAGCGCUACAUCCUUACACAGACAAGCCAGUUCAGGACUCCACCAUGAGUUAGGGAUUGUCUUCAGUCCGGACCAAAAUGGCAUAGAAGAGACACUAUCUCAGAGUUACAAGAAUACAAACGGCGUUGGAGCAGAAAAACAACACGCCACUCAGAUAAACACAAAAGUGGGACGUCCAGGAUCAAGAGCGUUCCAGAAAAACAUCCGAAAACACUACUACUGCUCGCUCUGCGGUCGCACCUUCAGGCACGCUGGCGACUACAAGAAACACAACAGGGUGCACACGGGGGAGAAGCCGUACUGCUGCUCGGUGUGCGGGAAGCGCUUCAGCCAGUCAGGCUACCUGACGGUGCACCUGCGCUACCACACGGGGGAGAAGCCGUUUGGCUGCAGUCAUUGUGGCAAAAGUUUUAGUCACUCGAGCAACAUGAAGAAACACCAGCAAACUCAUCUGUGAGGCUGCUGUGUUAUGUGCUAAUUGUCCAACUCAUAAUAUCCAGAUGUUUCUACACGUUACUGACAGUUAGGGAUGGUCAGUGACCGCGGUGAAGUUAGUUUUAAGUUGGAUAUUCGACAAACAUUCACCCAGGAUCCAGUGACGGCUUUUUAGUCAGUUCACCCAGUUACGGUUGUAUAAGUGCGGUUAGCUCACCUCUGAUGGCUCGCUUUUAACCAACGGGGGUUAGCUUAGGGACCAUCAAUAAAUUACAAUUGUGAAAACAGUGUUA